UCUGCGGCGGCCGGCGGAGGGCGGCGGUUGACGAGCGGAGCUCCUGUGCAGAGCGGCGGCGGCAUCGACACGUGGGGUGAGACAGGGAGCCGCAGUUCGCUGCCCGGCCAACAGAUGGCAGGCGGAUCGUCGGACGACUCGGCACUCACCCCCGUCGAGCUGAUGCGCCGCUAUCUCGACUCCCUACCGCAAGACUUCAGCGUGCGAGAGGAGCUGCGGUCGCCAAAAUUCUGGAAGGCGUUGCGUGCCGAGCUGCUGGCGUCUCUCCUGGUGGCUGUAUUCGUUACGGGCUCCACAGCACGGUCCCCGGCGCGGGAGGUCACAGCCGCCACGAGCUCUCCACCAGCACAGGGCCAACCACAGGCGACUGCGGGGUCCUCAGACGGCAGUGACGGCGCCCGGAUGGCGCUGGCCUAUGCGCUGACGACCGCCACACUUAUCCAGUGCCUGGGCAGCGUGUCGGGCGCGCACGCUAACCCUGCCGUGACGCUCGGCCUGCUCGUGAGGAGGCUGGUCUCGCCCCUGAGGGCGGCCGCGUAUGUGACGGCACAGCUAGCCGGCGGUCUGGCCGGCGCGCUCAUCCUGUACGGGCUGACACCUGCUGGGGUCGGUCACGGAGAUCAGGUAGCGGCGGUGCGUCCGGGCGUCUCGCUGCCCCAGGCGUUCGGCGCCGAGCUGCUGGCCACCUUCAUACCCGUGCUGACCACGCUGGCCGCCCUGGAGCCGGUCAGGGAGGACGUCGGAUGUAAGGCGCUCUCCGUCGGACUGGCCUACGGCGUCGGCGCACUGUUCGCGUUUCAGCUGACCGGAGCAGGCCUCAACCCGGCCAGAACACUGGGACCAGCCGUUGUGUACAACGUGUGGACCAACCAUUGGGUGUACUGGGUGGGGCCGCUGUUCGGCGGCCUCCUCGGCGGCUUUACGUACGAGUUUGUUCACGAGGCGUCACCGCGGGGUCGUCUGGUGCGCCGAUCGUUCCGGAGGUCACCCGGCACCACCGGCGGGGUCAGAGGUCACCUGUCUGCCCCGAUCAGAGGUCAGCCGGGCCGGGAGGUCAGCGGCUUUAGCAGCGUGGCCACUGACUGUCUCCAGCUGUCCGCCACUGAGGAGGGUGCCGCCGUGACCCGGCACUGAGGAGGGUGCCGCCGUGACCCGGCACUGAGAGGGAACUGCUGACACUGGACACUACAAACGACGCCACGCAACAAGAAAAGGGCGCAGUGUCACGAGGUUGGUGUCGGUGUGAGUCGGUGGGGGUUUGUCAGCACAUACGUAAAUGCACACGGUUGUGUGAAUAUUCAGCACGGCAGUAGGAUCGAUAGUAGUUGGCUCGGGAAGCUCUCCAUAUCGAGAUGAGUCUGCAGCGGACGCGAGGUGGCCAGGACCGUCAGCUGUCUGUCUCGUGAAUUCCACAAACAGCAUUCGAAUGUUUUGAGCGAAUGUAUAUUGUAUAUCCGUUUCGUUGAUUACAGUAGGUACACAAUGUAUCCAGUGUCAUCACGCGGUGUAUCGAAAUGAAUUAGAGCACACUGACUCAGAUAUCCGUGCGUCAAACACCUCACCCAGACUGACGGCAAUCGAGAAGGCGGCUUUCCUCAGCAAAACAGUGCCGUGCGCAACACUGCUCCUCAAACAAACUACCGCCCAAAUCUCUGGCUCGAAGUGGAGCUGCGCCCAUCGCCGUUAAUCAUUUAUGCUGAUGUUGUUUGCCGGCCGACGCCGCCCCGACCGUUCGCAGUCCUGCGAUUGAGUUGUUUUCCUCGCGGAGCUGACGAAUCGUUCAGUCAGUUUCCCCGACUGUCAACUGUGUAUCACGCGUGUUCUUUUGCUGUGGAGCUAGUUUGAGCAAUCAAUGUGAGUGAACUUUAAAUUUCACAUUCCAUACUAAAAUAAAAUACAUGACGAGAGCUUGAAA